GAUGUCGUUGUUAGGCCAGAGUCAAAGUCUUCUGAGACCGGCAACAAAAACCACCACUUUUCUCAAUUUAUUCACCCCGUAUCGCGUUAGAAACUACACGACAACAAUGAGCAAGACCGCCUGCGUGUUCCUGGCCGAGGGUGCCGAAGAGAUGGAGUUCGUCAUCGCCGCCGACGUCCUGCGACGUGCCGGCGUGACUGUCACCGUAGCCGGAGUCCCCAAUGCCACCCCAGUCAAGUGUAGCCGAGAUGUUGUCAUAGUCCCAGAUCUGAGUGUAUGUGAGGCCAACGCCAAAGGCCCUUACGACGUGCUGGUGCUGCCCGGCGGUCUGGGUGGCUCUAAAGCCUUGGCCUCUGACACCACUGUGCAGGAAAUGCUCAAGGCACAAGAGAAAUGUGGAGGUCUCAUUGCUGCUAUCUGUGCUGCCCCCACUGCGUUCAAGACCAGCGGCAUUGGUGAAGGCAAGAACGUCACAAGUUAUCCUGCGAUGAAGGCCCAAAUGGAGGAGGGAGGCAAAUACAAUUAUAAGGAGGAUAAAGUGGUGAUCGAUGGCAACUUUAUUACAAGCAGAGGACCGGGCACCGCUUUCGACUUUGCCCUGGCUAUUGUCGAUAAACUGUUGGGCAAGGAGGCCGCCUGCAAAACGGCCCAACCCAUGUUGUUAUCUUAUUAAUUAAUAAAUAAUCCUGUUAAUCUGUAAAUAAAACACAAAAAUAUAAUUUCAUAUCAUAUA